GCGCGCGCUUCUCUUUGGGCACAGUCGCCGGUGUGGGCCAUGGCUGCUUCUCCUUUCGUGUCCACGUUGGCCACCCGGCUGCUCCGGCCCGCACAGAAUUGCUGCUUCGGUCAUCGUCCCCUCCACUUCUCGGCAAUUCGAAAUGAAGCUGUUGUCAUUUCUGGAAGAAAACUUGCCCAGCAGAUCAAGCAGGAAGUGCGGCAGGAAGUGGAAGAAUGGGUGGCAUCAGGCAACAAACGACCAUACCUGAGCGUGGUUCUGGUUGGCGAGAAUCCUGCAAGUCAUUCCUAUGUUCUCAACAAAACCAGGGCUGCUGCAGAUGUGGGAAUCAACAGUGAGACAAUUGUGAAACCAGCUUCAAUUUCAGAGGAAGAACUGUUGAAUUUAAUCAAUAAGCUAAAUAAUGAUGAUAAUGUAGAUGGCCUCCUUGUUCAGCUGCCGCUUCCAGAGCACAUAGAUGAGAGAAAGAUCUGCAAUGCUGUUUCUCCAGACAAGGACGUUGAUGGCUUUCAUGUAAUUAACGUGGGGCGAAUGUGUUUGGACCAGUAUUCCAUGUUACCGGCUACCCCAUGGGGUGUGUGGGAAAUAAUCAAGCGAACUGGCAUUCCAACUAUAGGGAAGAAUGUGGUUGUAGCUGGAAGGUCAAAAAAUGUUGGCAUGCCCAUUGCAAUGUUGCUACACACAGAUGGGGCACAUGAACGUCCUGGAGGUGAUGCCACUGUUACAAUAUCUCAUCGAUAUACUCCCAAAGAGCAGCUGAAGAAACAUACAAUUCUUGCAGAUAUUGUGGUCUCUGCUGCAGGCAUUCCGAAUUUGAUCACAGCAGAUAUGAUCAAGGAAGGAGCAGCCGUCAUUGAUGUGGGAAUAAAUAGAAUUCAGGAUCCUAUCACUGCUAAACCCAAGCUGGUUGGAGAUGUGGAUUUUGAAGGAGUCCGGAAGAAAGCCAGUUACAUCACUCCAGUGCCUGGGGGUGUUGGUCCCAUGACAGUGGCAAUGCUAAUGAAGAAUACCAUUAUUGCUGCAAAAAAGGUGCUGAGGCUUGAAGAGCGGGAAGUACUGAAGUCUAAAGAGCUUGGAGUAGCAACUAAUUAACUAUUGUAUCUUCUGUGUCAUAACUAGUACUCCAAGCCAGUUGAAGAGGCAAAACAGGCCAAUAGAAAUGCAGCAUCUUUUAUUUAUUCUACUGACAUGGUUUAAAAUGAUGCUUUGUAUUUAUUGAAAGCUUCAAUGGGUGGGUGUUUGUGCACAUAUCUCUGCAGUACCUCACCAGGGAGCACACCAUUAUCAUGCUUGGCCAUGUGGUCUAGCCAUAAGAGGAGCCAUUAGCCUAGAGACUGCCAUCAGGGACACUACAUUGAGGAUGACUUCUUUACUUUGUCAGACCACUUUAGUUACAAUUUGCCUUUUCUAGGAUUGCGUUUCCCAAGUGCUAUUCCAAUGAGUUGAUACUCACUUUAGGUUCCAAACCUUUUGAGUUCAGCUGAUCAAACCAAAGGAAAAAUGUUGCUAGAGAAAAUUAGGGAAAAGGUGAAAAAGAAGAAAUGAUAAUAAUUGAGUAGAAAAAACUUACCCUAAUUUUAUACAUAUUGACUGAUAACCAGAAGAAACGCUACAUGUUAAUACUAUCCUGUCAUUUUAUAGCUUAGUCAUGGGGAAGAUGUCUGUGGCUCCAUGUGCUGUAGCCUUUGUUUUAUGUGUGGUACCAUUCAUGAGGUCUCCCCGUUUUAGUUUUCUGAGAUCAAAAGGUUUAUUUUAUAAAUAAUUCAUGUGUAUCGUCAUAUUUGGUUUCUCCUAUAUCCUUAAACUUCAUUGUUAAAUUUUUGUACUGAUGAGGGUGUCUGUAUGGUUUCUUUGGUAGAUCUCGAAACCUAUUUUUGAAAAACAUAACUUGGGCUUGAUCAUCAUUAGGGCAGCUUGCAUAAGUAUGCAACUUACUUUUCCACCAAAGAAUUGCCAGCAGCUGCCUGCUUUUCUCUGGUGCACCUAUUGGCUUUCCCCAAUAGGUUUUUGAGAGCUUGAGUUAAUAUUGACUUUAAUCAGACUCUGAUUAAGGGUUUUUUUGUUUUGUUUUAUUUUUAAUUUUUAUUUUUUUAAAAAUAAAACACUUCUGACUGGUGUGAAAUGAGUUUCUUAC